CGCUAAUAUAUGUCCUGCAUUAGGAUAAAUCUAGUCUGAACUCUUUUCACAACAUUUGCUCAUUUUGGCAUGCUCCGGAUCGAUGCCAACCAACUAGGCAACUACUAUUAGGGAUACACCUGGAUUGUUGGAAAUGGCUCAGCCUGCUCCUUUCUCCUUCUAUGAAAACGAAGAAGAAGAGUUGCACUGAUUGCCAAAAGCACAAAGCCCACUAUUGCAAUGAGGACGCCGAUGAACCCUCUUCUCUUAUCAUAUCCAUUUUCGAGCCUUCCAACUUCUUGAUUACAGGGGCUAAACCCAUCUACAUUUCCACACAGAUCGUAGUUCCCAAUAAAGCUACUUCCUUUUGCACUAUGAAAUUUUCCCUCAGAAGGAAUUGGACCAGACAAAUUGUUGUAUGAGAAAUCCAUUACUUGCAAGCUCACCAUCCUAGAUAGAGUUGCUGGGAUUUGACCAGAGAGUCGGUUGUGUGAAAGGUUCAGAUUCUCCAGUGCAACAAGCACUUCCAGAUUUGACGGGAUUGUACCAGAAAUUGAGUUAUUGCUAAGGUCCAAUAGAAUACUCAAUCCGUGUAUGCUUCCAAGCUGAGGGGGAAUUUCACCAGAUAGGAUGUUGUUCCUGAGAUUCAAGCUCAAUAAGCUCUCACAAUUUCCAAGCUCUCCUGGGACUUCUCCAUUCAGGUUGUUAUUCGAAAGAUCAAGAUUCUCGAGGCUUGUUAAGUUUCCAACAUUCCUAGGGAUUUGUCCAGUCAAAUUAUUCUUGCUCAAGUUGAGAGUUAGCAACUGUCGCAAGUUUCCAAGUUCUGGAGGAAUCUCCCCUAUCAAUUCAUUUGCAUCCAAGGUAAGGACAUGGAGCUGAGUCAGCUUACCUAAUUCAGGUGGAAUAUGACCGCAAAUGUUGUUCCCCGACAUUCCCAGGUUAGUGAGCUUCUUGCAUUGUACCCAGUUUGAUUUGAGUUCACCCCCAAACCGAUUAUUGUUCAGAGACAUAAAAUCGAGAAUUGGGUGCACACCAAAUGCUUGUGAAAUGUCCCCCUCGAAUUUAUUUCCUUCAAGCCUUACUCUGUGAAGUUUUUUGCAUUUCUUGAUGCAACUAGGCAACUCCCCACUGAAUUGGUUCCCAUGAACUGUCAAAUGUUGAAGAGCAAAACCACUGCAUAGUUUAGGUGGUAGACUACCUGAAAGGUUGUUAUUUGCAAAGCUAACAUUGGUUAAAUGGGGACUCUUACUUCCAAAGGCUCUUGGAAUAUUGCCUUUGAAGUUAUUACUAUACAUAUAAAUAAUCUUCAAACUCGUGAGAUUUGAAAUGGUGACAGGUAUCUCUCCAUGCAAUCUGUUUUCACCCAAAUCAAUGAAAUUGACUGAAGUAAGCUUCCCAAUCUCAGACGGAAGGGUUCCACUGAGCUGGUUGAUCCAAAGGCCUAGAAAAUUUAGACUUGUCAGGUUUCCGAUUGUCUUUGGGAUUUGACCAGACAGGGUAUUUGCUGACAGGUCUAGUUCAACCAAAUUCGCCAAGUUUCCUAUCUCUGCUGGAAUAGUGCCUGUGAACUGGUUUUGGUACAAGUAGAGGUUUUCAAGGUUUGUCAAGUUUGAGAUAAUUUGGGAUGGAAUAUCACCAGAAAGAAGAUUCUCUGACAAGUCUAACAUUACCAACUUGUUCAAUGACGGCAGAGAUGAAGGUAAUGGUCCAUAGAGUGAAUUUUCUGUCAGAGACAGAUAAGUUAGAUCAGUGCAGAGACCAAGCUCUAAUGGAAUAGUUGAAUUGAGACGGUUCGUGCUUAAAUCAAGGAGUUUAAGAGCUUUGAGUUCGGAAAUAUUAGAUGGGAUUACUCCUGAAAAUUCAUUCAGAGAGAGAUCAAGAUGCUCAAGCUUCUUCAAAUUUGUGAACAAUGACACCGGGAUAGGCCCAUUCAAAUGGUUCAUAGACAAUUCAAGAUAUGUCAAGUUCCGACAACCUAGAAUGAAAUCAGGGAACCCUGAUCUUAACUGAUUUGGUGUGAAACUGAGAUGUUUAAGAACUGGAAAGCUCUUAAAUUUAGACCAGUCAGCUGGAGCCUGCAAGAAAUUUCCUCCUAGGUCCAAGAACCAUACCUAUAAAGGAUAAACACCCCACAUAAGUAAAAAUAUCAUCCACAUAAGAAAUUUAGACCAGUCAGACUCUUACUCAUCAUCAUCAUUAACCCAGUGCCGCAAAGGCUCCCACCUAUGGUGGGGUAAGGGGGUCAGAUGUAUACAGUUUUACCCUGUACUAAAGCACAAAGAGAUUGUUUACGAAUGAGCCACAACAAAAAUUGCGUCGAAAAUUGCAUUGACUGACUGCUGCUGCUUUAUAACAAAGAAGCGCAGACAAUUUAGUGAGUCAUUUUGCUUUAUUCCAUCAUAUUUUCAAGUCAAAAAAUAGUGAGUCGUUUUAAGAUGUUUGAAUGGUGAUGAGCAUUUUGCUUUAUUCCAAUCAUAUUCCCAAGUUAAUUUGCCCCAUUUUAAAGCCAAAUUUGAGUUUGCGCCACAAAUUCAAAAUAAUGAAUAUGAGCAUCCCGAAAGUCUAAAAUCUAUUAAAAAUGGGGGCAUAAACUUAAUAUUUAUAGUGAAAGUAUUAAUGUUUUUGAAAUGGAUUGUAAAUUCAAAUUUGGAUAAAGAACUGGAGUUCAUACACUGAUUUCACCUUAGUUUUAUUAUUUGGAUGAUUAGAAAUAUAUACAAAAGUAAAAACAUUAGAAAUAUUACACUACCUCAAUUUCUUAGCAUUUUCUUUCAUUUCCCUAGUAUUUUCCAAGAUCUAACUAGCCUUAGGGAUUGAGGGAGUUCUAAAUAAAAAAGAAAAAAAGGAAAAAUAAAGAGGGAGUUCUACCUUUUGGAGAUUCCCAAUUUCACUUGGUACAAUGCCAGUAAUGUUGUUGUCGUAAAGUCUGAGGUAAUGAAGCUCCACUAAGUUCCCAAUCUCAGCCGGUAUGGCUCCAACAAACUGAUUGCUGCUCAUGUCCAGGAAAACCAAGCUUGACAAAUCUCCGAUGGAGGGGGGGAUUGAUCUUGUGAAGUUGUUCCCACUGAUGUUGAAAUGCUUGAGGCUUGUAAAAGAAGUGAAUUUGAGCUGUUCAAGAGUCCCAGAUAUGCCUUCAUUAGAAAGGUCGAUUUUUGAAACAGCCCCGUCAUUAUUGCAUACAAUGCCCUUCCAUUUACGAAGAUGUGUUAUGUUGGAAAGUGACCAUGAAUGGAGUGAAGAAGAUGGAGAGGAUGUGAACAGGUUGCUCUUCCAUUUGAGUAGAGCUUCUGCUUCUUCUGUUCUUGUCUCUAAUGCAGCAUAACAAGGUAUGAGAAGAAAGAUGAGUGCUAUAUUCUUCCCAUCAGAUGUUGUCAUUCUUUUAAUAAAUGUUUCACAAGAUCAAUUUUACAUGUGAUGACCAGAAGAAAGUUUUUCUUUUUAAUUGUCUUUCUUUGCAACAAAAAAAGCUAUCCUUAUUUUCAAAAGGUUUUGAAAAAUUGAAUAGACAAACUUUUCAAAAGAGAGACUUCACGAAAGUAUUUGAGGGGUCUGCUGAAGCAUCAUUCGGCUUUCGUAUUUUUCUGUCUUUUAGUUUUGCUUCAUCCACUUUCAUCCCUUGUUAUCCGCAUGAUUUCCCCUUUUCCCAUUUUUUUCCUUUGCCUAUUUUCAAUUUAUUCAACUCUUUCACUUACAGGUAUCACAGUUAUAUUUAUUCUUUAUAUUUUAUGCCAUAUGAAUAUGCUGUCUUUUUGUGCCACACCAAAUAUUAAUUAGAAAGACAAUCCAAUUGCAUAUUUUGGAGCGGGACAACAAUUUUUCUUUGCAGGUCAUCGUUUCCAAGAGCUGCUGCGAUGAGCCGUUGACUAGGACAAGUUUUUCCUUCAAUCUCAUUCUCUAGAUGAUAACUUUGUUUAAGAAAACCAAUUAUUGUGGAAAAUAAUGUGUUCGAAAAAUAUUACAAAGUGCUUAAACGUUUGAAAAUUCCAAAAUAGGACUGUUAUGUUUUUAUUCCCAAAAUAGGAGUAAUUAUUGUCAAAUUUGGAAAAUACUGUCAUCUUUAAAACCUG